CACUAUCGUUUCGAGGCGCUGUUCCUUCUGCGAAGCCGCAAAACAAGAAAAUGGCGUUGAGAGCUGCUUUGAGAAAUCGAUGUGCUUUGCCAGGCCUCCUUUGCCAGCGGAGUCCAGUGAGUUCAUCUGCGGUGCUUGCUGGACAGCACAGCCGAAACUCCACGUCCACGUCCACGUCCACGUCGUCCAAAAUGUCUGUGGAUUUUGACAAGAGUACAGGUGUGGCCGUGAUGCGUAUGAAGAGUCUGCCAGUCAACAGCCUCAGUUUGGACUUCCUCACAGAGUUUUGCAUCAACUUGGAGAAGCUAGAGAUGGACAAGAGCUGCCGAGGCCUCAUCAUCACAUCUAGUCUGCCCAAGGUGUUUUCAGCAGGGCUAGACAUCUUGGAGAUGUAUGGCAAAAGUCCAGAAAGCUGUGGGGAGUUCUGGAAAGCUGUUCAGGAGAUGUGGCUGAAAGUCUAUAGCUCCGACAUGGUCACCAUAGCUGCAAUCAAUGGCUCCAGUCCCGCAGGCGGCUGUCUCAUGUCGUUGACGUGCGACCAUAGAAUAAUGGCGGACAACCCACGGUACAGCAUCGGCCUUAACGAGACUCAGCUCGGCAUAGUUGCGCCUUUUUGGUUUAAGGACACCAUGGUUAAUACAGUAGGCCACCGGAACACCGAGAUGGCCCUGGCUCUGGGGUUGCUCUACAGUCCUACAGAAGCUCUGAAGAUAGGACUGGUGGACCAGAUAGUGGCAGAAGACAAGCUCGUGACCACGUCGGAGCAGAUGAUGGCCAAGUGGUUGGCCGUUCCAGACCAUGCCAGACAGAUCACAAAGUCCAUGAUGAGGAAGCCAACCAUCGACAAGCUCGCGUCCAACAGAGAGGCCGACAUCCAAAACUUUGUGAGUUUCAUCACCAAAGACUCCAUCCAAAAGUCACUCCAUAUGUAUCUUGAGAUGCUCAAGAAGAGGAAGGCUUAAUGAGACCACGUGGUAACUGGAAGCAUGUGAUCAGAAGUCCUUCGACGGCGACCGCACCACCGGAACUUGAGCACUGCCUGAUCCUGUGAUGUCACUGUCCAGUACUGCUACUUCAGGUUCAACACGGGCUUUCCAGUAUCAUCAAAAGAAUGUACUCGCUGUACUGUGGCGGACAUAACAGUAUGUUGAAGGCCGAUUCAGGUCCAUGCAAUAUAAUAUCCUGAAUUAAUUGAAGUGGCUUCAAAAAGGCACGUGCCCCCAGCACAAAUCGGGCUGACUUUACACCGAGGGAGGUUAUGUUCUCUCAGAGCCUCGUCAUUGAAGUGCCUGACCUAACGGAUAACUGGAGCUUUGGUGCGUUUCCUCUUUUUGUUCCCUCUGUAUUCACUUUUAUCUGACUUGUUCUUGGAAUGUAGUUUCUGAAUAAAUGGGGGCAUUCAUAUGUGGCCUUGUUUUUUGGGUUGUGUGUGUUUUAAUGGUUACAAUCCACUUUAUUAGUAUACUGACUGAAAAGCUAAAAACGUGUACCGUACUAGCAGAACUGUGGUGUAUGUCUUGAAAUAAACUUCAA